GCUUAGUUCGAGGAACACAAAUCUAGGCUCAGAUAACCAUACCGCCUGCGUUAACCUUAAGCACUAUGGGGAAGACAAAUAUCUGAUCGUGUAUCAGUGGGUAGGGGCGAUUUCUAGCCUAAUUGUAUUAGACUAUGAAUUACCAUACAGUUAACAGUAAAAUGUCAGUUUACGUACAUUUAAAGUAUGUGUAAUACUGUCCAGAAUUGUUUUUAUUUUAAAGUAGCCAAAUCAGUAUUUAAUGUAACAGUAACACAUAUGUAACGUUUAAUCGUUUUUCUUAUUCAUAUAUAUUCAGAAAGCACUUUUCAUGAAAAAAAGAUACAAAACAACGAGUCUUGGCGACUUUGCUAUAGUGCCUAUAAAUGUUCACUUGUCGAAACUUCAAAAAAAAACCAAAAAUACGGAAUGUUGAGUUUGCAAUGUAUGCAUGUCAUUGUUCUUUGCUCUAGCAAGUUAUGUGCAGAUUAACGAUCCGGAUGCAGUGUUAUGGAUGGUUGCCUAUGCUAUUCCAGCAAAUCUGUGUUUAUUGAUUGCCAUUAUACCACAUGUAACAGAGACACUACUUUGGAGGAGAAUUGCUAAACUUCAUAUGCUUAUUUCGACUGCUGUUGUUUCCAUGAUGGGAUGGACUCUGUAUAAAGAGCGCAUCAUAAAUAUCUUCCAGCAAGAGGAGGGAAGGGAAUUCUCUGGUCUCAUGUUGAUACUUGUCUGGCUUCUCCUGUGUCAACACUCUGGAAGUUCUAUUGGGGCUCUCAGACUGUCUGUUGCUGUUGCCAUCACAAUCUUCCCCUUUGUGGCCUGGCUGUACUACUACAUUAACAAGGAGCUGAGGACCAGCUGGCCCCCACAUUGUAAAGCUGCACUGUAGAUAUCCAUUCAUUAAGAUAGUCCAGUGAUGAGUGAGCAACAUAUCUGCGGGUUGGAACAUUUACAAGAGGAUAUGACCUAGCUACAGAGGCAGUAUGGAAAUCAUGAAUGCAUUGUUUAAAAAGACGCAUGUAAAAAACACCCCUGCUAAACCAUACAUCUAAAUAAGUGACAAUGUCAUAAAUUAGAAUGUAUAUGAUUGAUACAUUUUCCUUUUUUUUACUGGAAUCAUAAUUAAUAUUUUUGUUGUUGUAGGCAACCCAUUGCACUAAUGUGAUAUCUGGUGUAAUCACAAUCAAAUAAAGCAAUUUAAUAACAAAUAUAAA